AUGGGCCAGGGCCAAAGUGGCUUCGUUGUAGAAGUGGCACGGCCCAAGCGUGGUACCUUCCAGGCAAUCCCACAGAAUGAACCGGGCGAAGAAGCUGGCCCUUCACCCCAGGAAUGGCGAAUCAUCGUCAACCCAUCAGCAGAAUUCUUCGGUUCAGAGCGAUUAAAGGAAUUGAUCGAAAAACUCCAUCGCCCGCAUCGUUUGCUCUCGAUUGGCGAUGCAAAACAGGUACUUCAUGCGUUGGCUGCGCUCGAUCCGCAUGCCGAUAUGUUACUACCGCUGCUGACACUCGUUUCCAAUGCAACGGCCUAUACAGCAAACCAGAUAGUGCUUCGAGAAGCGACCGUCGUAUCAAGAGUUGUCGGCAUGUUGCUGUGUGCCGACCGAUCGUACCCAAGGCCUGUCCGACUCAUGCUUUUGCAAUGCAUCGCAAACAUGGCCGUUGCUACCGAAAACCUGUCUUCA